AUGUCCAACAACGACAGUGACCAUUCGGCCACCGAUAUUAUCACCUACAUCGGCGUGCCCCUUGCCGUGCUUGGCGUGCUUCCCAUUCUGUACAACACAGUCGCGACGCUCGCUGCCCUGUCCAAGAUCAAGCGCAUGCUGAGGCGGGCCAAGUUGACGGCUUUGACUCGCAGUGAUGUUGUCAACAAGGUGAUCGAGGUGGAACUGCCGAGAUAUGCGGUAACGCCCUUAGACCGGUUCGACGAGGGAACAGAGUAUUGGCAGCUGUCGCGCCAGCCGAGCCAGAUCCCGGGAGGCAGCUGGACGACCUUCAACUGGAAGACGAAUACCAUCGGCAUCAAGACCCAGCGCGUCGAGUAUGCCGAUCAGCUGCGCCAGCCUCAGGUUGAAGUCGCGUUCGAUGAGCUGGUGUCUUAUCUCCUGGAUCUCGGUGCAGUGCCUGAGCCCCACGGUUGGAAGCUGCUCCGCUCAACCGGCCUGUGGACGCCUAUGGGCUCCUCUCUUAUGAGCUCGCCGGACGGCCAUAAAGCUCUCACGAUUGGGCCCCUGGACGACUCGGAUGGACAUCUUUCUCUUGCUGUCAACUGGUCGUCUACAUGGACGACACGCGAUUCUUCAUCGCUACCUCCGUAUUGGGUCCGUCUACCGCCACCGCCGCCAAAGCGUCCUGAAACUGCAAAUCCAGCAGAGGCUUCAACGUCCACUGAUAUAGAGGAGCCGGUGGAAACUGAAGAUGGAAAAAAGAAGGAGUUACUGCCCAAGGAGUCACUGGACUCUAUUCAGAAGCAGGUCCAAGCAAACUCAUCUACUAUAAUCACCUGCCAAAUUUCUGUCGAUGGGCUCGUCACAGCACUUAGCCAGGAGACAGAUAUUAUGAAGGCAUCCUGCAACCCCCACAGUCUAUACAUUGAGCAUCUCCGGAUACGCAGCGGCAAGGCUGAUGGCGUGUGGUUUGCGAGUGCUGCAACCGCCUAUGGCACUACAUCCCAGACGGUCCUGUGGAACUACAAGAUCCCUGACGAGAUCCUCAACUUUGCGCGCAGAGACACGGUGCCAUGUGGCGUACUCGUCCUUCUGGGCGUGGUCGACGAAGAAGACACGCCUCAGUGGGCCACGGCAUACAAUAGUGGCCUGGAAGCUCACGAGCUCUUUGUCAGGAGAAAUACAGAGCAGCGUCUCGCCAUGGCGGAGGAAGCCAAGAUGGCACCUGCGCAGCGGCAAGCUGCCGCCGCGAGUAGAAUGCAGCGAGAGAUGCAAUAUAGGCUGCAAGAUAUGAGAGACAAGAUGCGUCAGGAUUCCCAGCGGCGUGAAGCCCGUCAAGCCGAGGCACUACAAAGCCCCAAGUGGGACACGAAGCUGGUCGCGGAGCGCCAGCUUAAGUGGCUCAAGCAACGGCAGCACAUGGAGGAGUCCCUCGUGCUGAAGGACGCGGUCGGCAUGCUCUUGCACCGCAUGAUCCUGGACGGGCAGUUCACCUCGUCCAUCUGCAAGAUGCUGGACUUGUGGAAGGCGUGGGCCGAGAAUGGCGGCAUGCGCAUGUCGGACUACGUCGCGCUGCAGGACGACCCGGAGACCUUUGCCCAGGCUAGUCUUCUGGCGGCCAUGAUCAAGGACACGACUACGGCUCAUGAGGGGACGCUGUCGAUGGACUUGCAGGAAUGUAUGAGAAUAUGGAGGACCAUUAGAUUGGGUUGA